CCAUCAUCCUUGAUUCCUUGACCACUACAAGUUACCUAUUGGCUAUUGCCCUACUCUCACUCCCUCUCCAGUCUCCAGCUGGUGUUCCUCUUUCCUUUCUGCAACAAUGGCGGCCACCCACCCUCUCUCUCAUUCAACAACACUCGCUAAAACCCCAAAUCUCUCUUCAAAAUCCAAAACUUCCAUCCUCUCAAAACCCUAUAUUUCCUUUUCCAAACCCUUAUCCCCAAAACCCUCAGUUACCUUCAACAAACCCUUAACCCCGAAACCCUUAAUCCUCCAAGCAGCUGUUUCCCAAAACGCUGCAACUUUAGAGCCCCAAACCAGCAAGUUUGACCAUUGUUUCUCAAAAAAGGAUGAUGGGUAUUUGUAUAUUGAAGGGCAAAAGGUGCACGAUGUUAUGGAAAGUGUUGAAAAGAGGCCAUUUUAUUUGUAUAGUAAACCACAAAUUACUAGAAAUGUCGAGGCUUACAAAGAUGCUCUUGUAGGGUUGAGGUCAAUUAUUGGUUAUGCUAUUAAGGCUAAUAAUAAUUUGAAGAUUUUGGAGCAUUUGAGGGGUUUGGGUUGUGGGGCUGUUCUUGUUAGUGGUAAUGAGCUUAGGCUUGCUUUGGCUGCUGGUUUUGAUCCCACUAAGUGUAUCUUCAAUGGAAAUGGAAAGACAUUGGAUGAUUUGGUUGUUGCUGCUGAGAGCGGUGUGUUUGUAAACAUUGACAGUGAAUUUGAUCUGGACAAUAUCGUAUCAGCUGCUAAAAUUGCAGGGAAAAGGGUGAAUGUUUUGCUUAGAAUUAACCCUGAUGUGGAUCCUCAGGUCCACCCUUAUGUAGCCACUGGGAACAAGAACUCCAAAUUUGGCAUUAGAAAUGAGAAACUACAGUGGUUUCUGGAUGCUGUGAAAGCGCAUCCUCAAGAGCUGAAGUUGGUUGGGGCUCAUUGCCAUCUUGGAUCAACAAUUACCAAGGUUGAUAUAUUCAGGGAUGCUGCAGUUCUUAUGGUAGAAUACAUAGACCAAAUUCGUGACCAGGGUUUUGAGAUUAGUUACUUGAACAUUGGAGGUGGUCUGGGAAUAGACUACUAUCACACUGGCGCUGUUCUUCCUACACCUAGAGAUCUUAUUGACACGGUACGUGAAUUGGUCCUUUCACGAGAUCUCAACCUUAUCAUUGAACCUGGAAGGUCACUUAUUGCAAAUACCUGUUGCUUAGUUAAUCGUGUUACUGGUGUCAAAACUAAUGGUACAAAAAAUUUCAUCGUGAUUGACGGGAGCAUGGCGGAACUUAUUCGUCCGAGUCUUUAUGAUGCUUACCAACAUAUAGAGCUUGUUUCUCCAGCUCCAUCAGAUGCAGAGUUAGCCACCUUCGAUGUGGUUGGCCCGGUUUGUGAGUCAGCAGAUUUCUUGGGAAAGGAGCGCAAACUUCCCACUCCACAGAGGGGAGCUGGAUUAGUAGUUCAUGACGCUGGUGCCUAUUGUAUGAGCAUGGCCUCCACCUACAAUCUCAAGAUGCGCCCACCAGAAUACUGGGUUGAGGAAGAUGGAUCAGUUGCCAAAAUCCGUCAUGGUGAGACAUUCGAAGACCAUAUCAGAUACUUUUCUGGUCUCUAAUUAUUACCAGGCGGUGUUAUCAUCCAACUCGAACUGUUGUAGUGAAAAUAAUGUAAUCUUUUGGGCAAGCCUUACCUGGAGGGUGCUGCGUGCUUUGUAAUAUUAACAGUAUCUAUCUUCUUCCUAGCUUACUCGGAACACUUUUGAUGUAUUUCUGCGUAAUUGGAAGGCAUUUGCCAGAUUUUGGUAUCUAAUUCAUCCAUAAAUGAACUAAUACCGUGUUUUUGA